AGGACUCGUCUAUAUUUCAGCUGCUGUCUCAGCGGUUUCCAUGGUGAUGGACCCUCCCGGCGGGCGAGAUGAGCGUCGUCAGCAGGCUGAGCGUCUGCGGAGGGAGGAGGCUUACUAUCACUUUAUUAAUGAGCUCAGCGAGGAGGAGUACAGGCUAAUGAGAGACAGCAACCUGCUGGGCACGCCUGGGGAGGUCACGGCGGAGGAGCUCCGGCAGCGCCUGGACGGAGCGAAGGAGCGCGUCUCCUCCCAGCCCCGGCCCGAGCCACGCCCUCAGAACAGCGAGACGGGAGAGGAGGAGGGCAGCAGCGGCGCGGUGGAGCCUGGCGGGGACGCGUCCAACGGCGACUCUCUGCUCGAGUGGCUGAACACGUUCCGGCGCACGGGCAACGCCACCCGGAGCGGCCAGAGCGGCAACCAGACCUGGCGCGCCGUCAGCCGCACGAACCCCAACAGCGGCGAGUUCCGCUUCAGCCUGGAGAUAAACAUAAACCACGAACAACCCGAACCUGGGGAGCACAGCGACUCGCCCGAUCCCACGGAGCUGUCUAUAAACCCGCCUCCGGUUGGCUCCUCCUCCUCCUCUUCCUCCUCCUCCUCCUCCUCCUCCUCCAUACGCACGGCCCCUUACACGCCACCGAGAUCCGCCCCUUACUCCACCGCCCGGCCCACUCUGGGCAGAAGGGCACAAGCUCGGCGUACUCGCAGUAGUACGGCCCCCACCUUACCCUCCCCCCUAGUAACACAAGCCCCUCCCACGAAUGUGAGGAGGAGUUUGGCCCCGCCUCAACCAGCCCCUCCCCCUCCACAAACCCCACCCAGCUCACAACAGUUGGAACAGGGGCAGGACAGCAAUGCAGGACAGAGUCAGGCUCAGGCCCCGCCCCCCUCUGAUGACGCAGGGGAAGGGCAGGAAGUGGACGAGAGGCCGGACUGCCCCCGCGUGCAGCCUCAGCCGGGCCCCCAGGGGGCGCCGGCGGGGCGCGAGCCACGCAGCAGCAGGACUCGUUCACGCGGCCGUGUGCGCAGGUCUGCAGGCGCGGGGGGGCAGUCCCGGUCCUCGCGACGCAGCCGCUCUCCUCUGGACAGAAAUGCUAACCCCGCACCUGGCGGUAAUACCCCAGCCACCGAACUGAGUGGAACUACAACUGUUGCCACGGAAACUGGCGAGGCGCCAGCAGAAACCGCUGCUGCCGUGGAUCCCGUGCCGGAGGGAGGAGAGGAGGAGGGUGAGACGCCGGUUUCGGGCGCGGGAGCAGGGGUGCGUCGCCACCCCACCAUCAUGCUGGACCUGCAGGUUCGGCGCAUCCGGCCGGGCGAGAACCGCGACAGGGACAGCAUCGCUAGCCGCACGCGUUCCCGUGCACGCGCGGCGGAGAACACUGUUACUUUCGAGAGCGACAGCGGCGGCUUCCGUCGCACCAUCUCGCGUUCGGAGCGGGCGGGCAUCCGCACCUACGUCAGCACCAUCCGGAUCCCGCUCCGUCGCAUCUCUGAGACCGGCCUUGGCGAACCUAGCUCCACCGCGUUACGCUCCAUCCUGCGUCAAAUCAUGACCGGAUUUGGCGAACUCAGCUCUCUCAUGGAAACCGAGGCUAACUCCGAGAACGCUUCGCCAACCCAGGAGGUAGGGCACGUCUCCGGCGGCCAGGGUUUCCGUAUCCACAGCAACGAGGUCGGGGCGGCCCACGGUGGGGCGGAGUCCGAGAGGACGGGGUCGCCUGAGGAAGGGGGGCAAGUUCAGGUGGCGGGGGCCGGCGGUGGCGGCGGCGAAGGUCGGGCCAGCAGCAGAGACACAAACAACCUGGUGGAGAACGGCACGCUCCCGAUCCUGCGGCUGGCGCAUUUCUUCCUCCUCAACGACGAGGAGGACGAGGAGCACCCGCGCGGCCUCACCAAAGAGCAGAUCGACAAUCUGGCCACGCGCACGUACGGCCAGGCCAGCCUGGAGGCCGAGCAGGGGCGCGCCUGCAGCGUCUGCAUCAACGAGUACGCGCAGGGCAACAAGCUGCGACGCCUGCCCUGCACGCACGAGUUCCACAUCCACUGCAUCGACCGCUGGCUCUCCGAAAACAACACCUGCCCCAUCUGCAGACAGCCAAUCCUCGCCGGCCACCAGGACUGAUUGACGGCUGGCUGGCCGGCCGGCCCCGCCCCCCCCCCCCCACCCUUGCCCCGCAUGACUGAUAGACCGACUGACAGACCGACUGACUGUACUGGCCACUAGGUGGCG